UGAUCAGUCGGGACUGAUAGACUGACGAACUUAUGGCUUGCCAUCGAAUCGGAGUGUUUGCUCGAGAGCCCUCUGUUCUAGCUGCUGUUUGUGGGAACAGCGUCUCGCCAGCCCAAUCAGUCCAUCAUUUGAGUGUCGUAGCAGACAUCUUUGUUGUUAUUGGCCACCCUUUUUUUUCUGACUUAAAGUUCAACUGUAAUUUCAACAUCCAAAGUUUUUUCCAUAUCCAACGAUGAAAAUUAUGCAUCCAACAGCGACAACAACCAUAACCACAAGACUGAUCUCGUGUGGGGAAGGCUUCAGUCUGAACUGAGCACGUGGACAGAUUGGGCCUUAAUUCACUGCAAACUUCAGUUUGGGCUGAUUAGUCCGGACUGGUAGCUGGACUGAUUUUGUGUGGGAGCCAACUUUGCAUAGCAUUUUUUUUUACGUUAUUUCUCAAAACAGAACUGUUUAUUUUUGGAACCGUAGAUGGCAUCUGUAAAGGUACCAGAGCAGAAAGUCAUAUUGUGUGGUGAAUAUGGAGUUGGCAAAAGUUCGCUGUUUCGGAGAUACGCUGCAAAUGCAUUUGUCACAGCCACAGACCGCAGAUCAACGCUAGGUCUCGACCACUUCGACAAAGCGUACAAAGUGGGUGGGAAAGAGAUAAGGCUGCAGCUGUGGGACACGGGAGGCAUGGAGCGCGUCGCCUCCAUCACGUCCAGCUACUACAAGUUCGCGGAGGCGGCCAUCCUCGUGUUCGCGCUCGACAACGCCGCCUCGUUCCACAUCCUCUCGCAGCACCUGCUCGAGAUAGUCUCGUAUGCGGAGAACGCCAAGAUAUUCCUGUGCGGGAACAAGUCCGACCUGGAGGGUCACACCCCUCAGGUCUCCGACAGCGACAUGGAGAGCUUCUGCGAGCAGUGCCACAACUUGAUCAGCGCCACUUACAAGACGUCCUGUAAGACUGGCGAGGGUGUGGACGAAAUGUUCGCAGACAUUGCCAAGCAUCUCAUUCUGUCGAAUCGCUCAAAGUUUGAGCUGCAGACUAUGGACAAAGAUUCGUUCAAAAUAACACCGCCAGAUGAAGUGGCUGAGCCGGUGUGCUUGUGUUGAACUUAACUACGAGACUACGCUCGAUUUUGCCUUUGCAGCUAAUCAGCCGAGCCGAGCCAUCUAACGUGUGUGCGUCCCUCUCUGUUCCCACCGCAUUUAAUGUGCAAAGUCAUCUAGUUGUUUGUGAUGGAUAGUUUGGUAAUGUGUGAGCUUUCCAAAGGUAGCAUGUGGUUUCGUAGCAUUAAAAAUAUAUAUAUUAGGUGUUAUUCAGAUACAGUGUAACCACAUUAAAUCAAAUAUUGUACAAAUAUAGUGAGUGAAAUUUG